ACGAAUUAUUUUCCUUGGUUAACAAUAAUUGUAAUUUUGCCAAUAUUUGCAGGUUCCUUAAUUUUUUUUCUUCCCCAUAGAGGAAAUAGGGUCAUCCGUUGGUAUACUAUAUUUAUAUGUAUUUUCGAACUCCUUCUAACGGCCUAUACAUUCUGUUAUCAUUUCCAAACAGAUGAUCCAUUAAUCCAACUGAUGGAGGAUUAUAAAUGGAUACAGUUGUUUGAUUUCCAUUGGAGAUUAGGAAUAGAUGGACUUUCUAUAGGACCUAUUUUACUAACGGGAUUCAUCACCACUUUAGCGACUUUAGCAGCUUGGCCGGUUACUCGGGAUUCUCGGUUAUUUAAUUUCCUGAUGUUAGCGAUGUACAGUGCUCAAAUAGGAUUAUUUUCUUCUCGAGACCUUUUACUUUUUUUCAUUAUGUGGGAGUUAGAAUUAAUUCCUGUUUAUCUACUUCUAUCUAUGUGGGGAGGAAAGAAACGUCUGUACUCGGCUACAAAAUUUAUUUUGUAUACGGCGGGGGGUUCUAUUUUUCUCUUAAUGGGAGUUUUGGGUAUCGGUUUAUAUGGUUCUAAUGAACCAACAUUAAAUUUUGAAACAUCAGCCAAUCAGUCGUAUCCUCUUCCCUUGGAAAUAAUAUUCUAUAUUGGAUUUUUUAUUGCUUUUGCUGUGAAAUUGCCUAUUAUACCCCUACAUACAUGGUUACCAGAUACCCACGGGGAAGCACAUUACAGCACUUGUAUGCUUCUAGCCGGAAUCUUAUUAAAAAUGGGAGCAUAUGGGCUGGUUCGGAUCAAUAUGGAAUUAUUAUCUCACGCCCAUUCUAUAUUUUCGCCCUGGUUACUGAUAGUAGGCACAAUACAAAUAAUCUAUGCAGCUUCAACAUCUCUUGGCCAACGUAAUUUAAAAAAAAGAAUAGCUUAUUCUUCCGUAUCUCAUAUGGGUUUCAUAAUUAUAGGAAUUGGUUCUAUAACUGAUACCGGACUCAAUGGAGCUCUUUUACAAAUAAUCUCUCAUGGAUUUAUUGGUGCUGCACUUUUUUUCUUGGCAGGUACGACUUAUGAUAGAAUACGUCUUGUUUACCUUGACGAAAUGGGCGGAAUAGCUAUCCUAAUGCCAAAAAUAUUCACGAUAUUUAGUACCUUUUCCAUGGCGUCCCUUGCAUUACCGGGUAUGAGUGGUUUUGUUGCCGAAUUGAUAGUAUUUUUUGGAAUAAUUACCAGCCAAAAAUAUCUUUUAAUGCCAAAAAUACUAAUUACUUUUGUAAUGGCAAUUGGAAUGAUAUUAACUCCUAUUUAUUCAUUAUCUAUGUCACGCCAGAUGUUCUAUGGAUACAAGUUCUUUAAUAUUCCAAACUCUUAUUUUUUUGAUUCUGGACCACGCGAGUUAUUUCUUUCGAUUUCUCUAUUUUUACCCGUACUCGGCAUUGGCAUGUACCCCGAUUUCAUUUUUUCACUGUCAGUUGACAAAGUCGAAGUUAUUCUAUCUAACUCUUUUUCUAAAUAG